UACGACAAUGAUGGAAUGAAUGUGAAAUUUCAUAGUAUAAUCUCAGGUGAGAGUGAAUUGACAGGGUUGGGUGGGGUGCAUAUAGGAACUAUUUUGCUCGUUCCUGUACCGUUCACUGAUUAUGUUUCCGUUUAUAAAGCUUGCCAGGAUUCUCUAGUAUCAGAAGUACAGCAGUCUUCGAACAUACUCGAUUUUCCAACGGAUCACGACCAGACAAUGGCUAAACUUCGAGCGCAAGCUUUCCUUUUUGUCCUCGUCGUUUCAAUUGUUCUUGCAGCUUCGAUGCCUUCUCCAGGCGGUGGCCAUCACGAACACACGCAUUUCAUCAUUCACGUGCCAGAAUUAAUUCACAAACAUCACCACACGCAUGUAAAGAAGAUCCACAUAAAAUCUCACGACGAAGAUGAUGGUGGCCAUCAGCACAUAGAAGAAUGGUGAAACAUUUUUAGUAAGAUUACUUUUAACUUUAAUAUUGUUAAUAUCGUUGUUAUUGUAUUAUAAUUGUUAUUAAUU